AUGAUAUUCAACAAGAAGUUUAUAUUAUAGACGGAAACCAAAUACAAUUGAAAGUCUUUGGAUUGCAAAUACAAAUCAAAGAGGGCGCCAUGUCCGAAAAAGUUGCCUGCAGAUGGCCAUUAUUCUGUUUGUUAGUGUGUGUCAUAGGCCUAGUCGAGGGACGUCCUAGCAUUAGGGAAGACCCGAUAACAACAGACGACCCGCGGUGCGGCUACGAGAGCUGUCACCCAACAAAACCAAAUAUGCUGAAUGUCCACCUUAUACCGCAUACGCAUGAUGAUGUGGGAUGGCUGAAGACUGUGGAUCAAUACUAUUACGGCAGUGAAACGCUCAUCCAGAAGGCUGGGGUGCAGUACAUUAUAGACUCAGUUGUAGACGCCCUACUGAGAGAUCCCAACAAGCGCUUCAUAUAUGUCGAGUCGGCGUUUUUCUUUAAAUGGUGGAGAGAGCAAACCUCAGAGCUGCAGGAGAAGGUGAAAAUGCUGGUGAAUGAGGGAAGGCUCGAGUUUAUUGGCGGCGCCUGGAGUAUGAACGAUGAGGCAACGACACAUUAUCAGAGUGUCAUCGAUCAAUUCGCAUGGGGAUUAAGACGCUUGAACGACACCUUCGGAGAAUGUGGCCGACCACGCGUUGGCUGGCAAAUCGAUCCGUUUGGGCAUUCAAGGGAGAUGGCAUCCAUGUUUGCGAAUAUGGGAUUCGAUGGAAUGUUUUUCGGCCGCCUCGACUACCAGGAUAAGGACAACCGCCUAAUGACAAAGACUCCAGAAAUGAUUUGGCAUGGCUCAGCCAAUUUGGGUGAGACAUCGGAUUUAUUUACUGGAGCUCUUUUCAACAAUUACCAGGCGCCAGCAGGUUUCUGCUUUGACAUACUGUGCGCUGAUCAGCCAAUUAUUGACGGCAAACACAGUCCAGACAACAAUGUAAAAGAACGGGUUGAUACGUUCUUGAAGUACGUGAAUAAACAAAGCCGAUACUAUCGUACCAAUAAUGUCAUAAUAACGAUGGGCGGCGAUUUCACCUACCAAGCCGCUUCUGUUUAUUAUAAGAAUCUCGACAAGCUUAUACGGUAUGCAAAUGAGCGACAAGCAAAUGGAUCGAAUAUCCACUUGCUCUACUCCACGCCGUCAUGCUAUCUUAAGUCUUUGCACGACGCCGGCAUCACUUGGCCAACCAAGAGCGACGACUUCUUCCCAUAUGCCUCCGACCCACAUGCAUACUGGACCGGCUACUUCACCUCGCGCCCCACACUGAAGCGGUACGAGCGGGACGGAAACCACUUCUUGCAGGUCUGCAAGCAGCUGAGUGCAUUGGCUCCGAAGAAAGCGGCUCCAUUCGAACCACACUUGACAUUCAUGCGCGAAACAAUGGGCAUAAUGCAGCACCACGAUGCGGUGACUGGCACCGAGAAGCAAAAAGUUGCCCUGGACUAUGCCAAGCGAAUGAGUGUGGCUUUCAGGGCUUGUGGAACAAAUACGAGAUCGGUGCUAAACCAGUUGUCCACAAAUGAAGGCGCACAGCCCGGAAGGAGGCGGCGGUCAGCCUACCCAUUCGAAUUCAAAAGCUGUUCUUUGCUAAACAUAAGCAGUUGCUCUGUGUCUGAGUCGAACGAGCCUUUUGCCAUAACUCUCUAUAAUCCCCUCGCCCACCCUGCCAAUGAGUAUGUGCGAGUGCCAGUGCUCGGUUACAACUAUGUCGUGACUGAUUACAAUGGAGCUGAAUUGAACACUCAAGUAGUGCCUGUGCCUGCGGGUGUUUCCAAAAUAAAGCAUCGCGCUUCAGUGGCUAAGUAUGAGUUAAUAUUUUUGGCCUCUGAUCUGCCGCCUGUUGGUUACAAGACGUUCUAUGUGCAAAAGAGCGAUACUGACAGAGGACAUAUGAAUCCCUCAUCCGCGCCAAGAAAAACAUCAAGUCUUAUCAGUAUUGGAAACAAAGAUCUUCAACUUCUAUUUGAUACGAAUGGAUUCCUAACAGAGAUUCAAGCGGAUGGGAUGGCCCGCACAAUUAGUCAGGAAUUCUUGUAUUAUGUGGGUGCUAUUGGCAACAAUGAAGAAUUUCUGAACCGUUCAUCAGGCGCCUACAUUUUCCGCCCACUGGACAACAAAGUCUAUGCCGUUGCUACUCAAGUGGAUGUGGAGGUGUAUAAGGGACAUUUAGUGGAGGAAGUGCACCAAAAGUUUAAUGAUUGGAUAAGUCAGGUUGUUCGCGUGUAUCGCGACAAACCCUACGCGGAGUUCGAAUGGCUGGUCGGACCCAUUCCUAUUGGAGAUCGCAAAGGAAAGGAAAUUGUUACACGUUUCAAGUCGGAUAUACAAUCAAAUGGCGUCUUCUACACCGACUCCAAUGGUCGAGAAAUGAUAAAGCGCAAACGGGACCAUCGAGAUACUUGGAAUCUAAAGCUGCACGAAAAAAUUGCUGGAAACUAUUACCCGGUCACAACGAAAAUUGCACUCGAAGAUGACACAGCACGGAUGGCGAUUCUUACAGACCGAGCUCAAGGUGGUAGCUCACUGGAGGAUGGAGCCCUUGAGCUCAUGGUACACCGGCGUUUGCUCCACGAUGAUGCGUUUGGAGUGGGGGAGCCCCUCAAUGAAACUGAGUACGGAGAUGGUCUAAUAGCCCGGGGCAAGUUGCACUUAAUUUAUGGCCAACCUAUCCAGAAGGCUAUUGAGCGACAGACCCAGCUGGAGACUCUCUUGCCCCCAUGGAGGUUCUUUAGUAGCAUGUCUGCAUAUACAGUCGAUGAGUGGCGCACUUCCUUCAAGAAUAUCUAUACAGGUAUUACGCGCGCAUUGCCCGAACAAGUUCAUUUGCUGACCCUAGAGCCUUGGCAUGAAAAUGAGUUGCUUGUGCGCUUUGAACAUAUAUUGGAGAAAGAUGAGGACCCGCUCCUUUCAAAGACGGUUCAGUUUAAUAUUAAUGAUAUAUUGAAUACCUUCAACAUUGAAGACAUCCGGGAAACCACUCUGGAUGGCAAUGCUUGGCUCUACGACACGCAUCGCAUGGAAUUUGUUCCAGACGCCGAAGAAGAUGAUUCCUACAAUAACUAUGCCAUAUUUGCGAAAUCCGUCAAGGAAGUGCAUUUACUGAGUGCUCAGAAGCCCCUACUUGCGACUAAAUAUUUGGACGAGGCAUUACCAGCCGGCGAAUUGGGUGCGGAAAGCAACCGUUUGAAACGGAAAACUCAAAGGGAACCUUUCGAGAGGGAGAAACCGUCAAAUACUAUUAAGAAAUCCCCUCUAAGUGGAGAUGAUGAUACCAAAUUUAUUAUUGAACUGGCUCCAAUGCAGAUUCGAACGUUUGUCGUUUAUUUGGAAAAAAGUACAUAGAACACAUUUGAAUAUGUAUGUAUGUGUAUGUAAAGAAAAUAUGUAUAAGAAUCAGAUUAUCGAAUGUGGCUUUACGCUACAAUUCAGAAAUUGCUAAAAAUAUUAGUACAUACUUUGUAUAUUUUACUAUUCUUGGGUCAGAAGUGAAGCCUAUGAUUCAGAGAUAGAAACUAUUGGAAACUAUUAAUAAAAUACAUACUACUAUUCCUUAAAUA